CUUCCCUCUCUCUCUCCAUAGGAAGGAAGGAAGCAAGGAAAGAAGGUUAAAGAGGGAACAGGGAGCGCAGCAGCAAUGGCGGGUUACAGAGCGGAGGACGACUACGACUACCUGUACAAGGUGGUGCUGAUCGGGGACUCCGGGGUGGGCAAGUCCAACCUCCUCUCCCGCUUCACCAAGAACGAGUUCAACCUCGAGUCCAAGUCCACCAUCGGCGUCGAGUUCGCCACUCGCACCCUCAGCGUCGACGGCAAGGUCGUCAAGGCUCAGAUUUGGGACACCGCCGGUCAAGAAAGGUACCGUGCCAUCACUAGUGCUUACUAUCGUGGAGCUAUGGGUGCACUCCUUGUGUAUGAUGUCACUCGCCAUGCAACGUUUGAAAAUGUGGAUAGAUGGCUGAAAGAGUUAAGGAACCACACAGAUCCAAGCAUUGUGGUGAUGCUUGUUGGGAACAAAUCUGACCUUCGUCAUCUUAUAGCAGUGUCAACAGAAGAUGGGAAAACCUAUGCCGAGAGGGAAUCGCUGUACUACAUGGAAACCUCAGCAUUAGAGGCAACAAAUGUAGAAAAUGCCUUUGCAGAAGUUCUAACCCAGAUCUACCGUACCACUAGUAAGAAGACAGUGGAAGGAGAUGAUGGAUCUGCUGCCGCAUUCCCUUCUCAAGGAGAAAAGAUAAAUAUCAAGGAUGACGUCUCUGCCUUGAAGAAAGUUGGCUGUUGCUCAACUUAAGGUCGGAGAUGAUUGUUGCUUGCAUAGAUUGAUACUUUGAUUUCAGUUGUAUAACAUCUUUCAUUCCCAAAAGCUGAAGAAAAGUUAGCUAGAAGAAACGAACGAGACGCUAAAGUUGCGCAGCAAAAGCUUAGUACAUCAUGCCUUUGGUGUGACUGUAGGGUAGCUGCAUAAGUUAGUUAUUUCUCUGUUCUGAUUCACGCAAAGCCAUUAUUUGGGGAGUUUCAUCUUUCUGAGAACUAACAAGAUUUGUUGCUUUAUGUACUCUUUCAUAGUGUUAUUACAGUAAUGAUGGCUGUGUGUGUGCAUCUCCAGGUUUCUGAAGAAA